UAGCACAACAUACCGUAUUGUGUUGGUGGUGCAACACACGUGUCAGUGUAAACUUUACGCAUGUCAAAGAAAAUAUUUUUUUUCCGGUACAACAUUUCAAACGGUUACUUGAAAUGUUUAUAACACUGGUAUAAAAUUAUCAAACGAGCUUACAACUUACACGGUAUUCCCUUGUAAAAAAAGUUCCGGUCGCUCUUUUAAGAGGUUAUCUUUUAUCCAGAAGAGUAGCUUCUGUAUCGUCCCUAGAAAAUUUUCCAUGGUAAACUGAGAUACACGAUCAAGAAAUAUUCAUUCAACUUACAUUCGUUGCCAGUGUUCAAUAUCAACUUGAACAAUGUCGGAGGAGAACGAGCAUACUUCGGAAGAAACCGAUACAGAAAUGAAUGCGGGAAACCACACUAAUGAACAGUCGAAAAGUGGAGCGAGCAUAUUAAACAAUGAAACUGAAGAACCUAUGUUAGAAGACGAAGAAAUGCCAACGUACAUCAGUGUAUCGAGUCCGUCAAGGCGCGAAGAUGCAAAUGUCAAUAAUACGAAACAACACAACACAAUACCUAUGGAGGAGGACCACAGUCGAAGUCCUUAUCCCAGUGAUGAUCAAGGAGGAGGCAGUAUUUACGUAUUAUCCUCGGGAGAAGAAAGUAAUCAUCCCUAUAAUGAUGAUGAUGAUGAUGACUAUGGGGAUAGCGACGAUAUGGAUGAAAUGGAGCUUGAAAAUGACCAUCGAAAUGUAAUGUUGGAGGAUGAGGAAGACGAAGAGGAGGAGGAGGAGGAGGAUGAUGAAAAUCCUUUGAGAUUGUAUAAUGAUGAUGACGAAGAUGCAAAUACAGAAUACGAUCAAGAAUGCUUUGAUAGGGCUUCUGAUGAUUUUAUCUUAAACAACAGAUUAAAGCAACACCAUAAAGAGCGAAGCUUGUCGUUACAGGACUUAAGUUUUUCUAAGACCAAUGUUCUAUAUAAUAAGAAAAGGUUUAGUUUAAAUAGUAGUAGACAAAAUUAUUUAAAUUUGCAUCACAAUCCUAUUACAUAUCCUGUUGUGCAUAAGAAACAAACAAUGCCACCUAAAUAUCAACAUGUCGAAAGCAAAGUAAAACGAUAUAUUAAGGAUAUAAAAGAACAAAAUAGAAAGUCAAUGGAAAAACGUAUGAAAGAACAAGAAUAUGUAACGAUCAAAAAGCACAGAGAAAAUGAAAACAACGACAUUGAUCCGUUAAAACCAGCAGUAAUUAACAAAGUCAUAAAAGAUUAUGCAGAAAAGGCUAUUAAAGAUUUGCAACGCGAGGAAAAUGAAAAUAAUAAAGAUGAUAAUUCAGUUCGUAAUACAGCGCAAAUAGUAGAAAACGGUGAUAAUAUCAAAAUUGAUAUUAGAAUACUUGGAAACCAAGCUACACAUAUUCAGAAGGAUACCGAAAUAAACAAAUGCGGCAGCGUUCAUAAUGAGACACGUGCACAAAAUUGUGAUGACAAAUUAACAAAGCAAAAUGGUUCCAUAGAUAUUAAAGUACAUCAUAUGGAAUAUCAAAAUACGCCUGAUCAGAAUGUAAAAUUGAAUAGCACGGACCAACCUUCUUUAGUUAAUGGUCAUCAGGCAGCACCUACGCUUCUCAAUUUACGUACUUUAAGUUAUGAAGAGUAUAUGCAUGGUAGUUCCAAUACUGGACAAAACAGGAUUCAAGAAAAGGCAAACGAACCUGAAGUGUACAAUGAGGUAGAGAUGAUGACUGUGCAAGAAAUGGGAAACAGUAACACAAGUUGCCCGCUAAAGAUCGAGAAUGUGAAAAGUAUCAGAACAACACAGGAUGUAUCAGAAAAUUUAAGUAUUGCGAAAGUAAGUAAAAUAGAGGGAACGAAUGCAGAAAAUAUCGAAAUAAUUCAACUUAAAGCUCAAUUUAAAGCUCAACUUUCUCAAAGAGAUGCACAGUUCAAUAAUUUACAAAAUGUUUAUCACAAAACGUUAGCAGAAAACAUAAAAAUGAAACAAGAAUUAGACGCUCUUAAAAAAUCAUUGGCUAACUAUGAAAGCAAAGAUAGAGCAUGUAAAACGAAAAUCGCGGCCGUGCAAACUGAAACUGUCGUAGAACCUACAAUCGUACCAAAAGUAACUGUAACUACGGGAGAAACAAGUAAUAAGAUAUCCAGUAGUAGCGUUGCAUCUACGAUAAGUUCUAUCGAUCAUUGGGCAGAGAGUGCUGGUAGCCCAGCUGUAUCUAUUAAACCACCUGAUCUAACACCAAUUCUUAAUUCCGAUGAUAGCAUGGUACUCACUGAUGGUACUCCAAGAAAAUUAGAAAAUCCAUUGUCUCGAGCAUUUCUUACUUCGUCUCGAAUAUUGCAGACUCUUUCGAAUAUAGCACAAGGUAAAACCAGAGUUGAAAGCCCUUUAGUAAAAAAUUCCAAGAAACGAACGAACGAGAACUCAACAGACCAAUUAUUAAAUUUGAACUGCAAUUCUCCGAUUCACGCUUCAAGUUCCAAAAAACGAAAAGCAACGGAUAUGCUUGGUACUUCCGCUAUUAUUCAGCCACAUAAAAUACCUCACACAACCAUUGAGUCGGAGAAGACAUGUAAUUCCGACACGAUCAAUACGGAAUUUAAAUAUCCGGAGGUGCAUACAAGUAUUAAAAUAGAUCAACAACAGAAUAAAUCCGUUAAUAAAAAUGUUGACAAUUCUACGUUUAAAGAAAAUCAAGAAGAAAAUAAUGACAAAGAUGAAAGUGUAAAAUGUUUCGUAUAUAGGGAAGACAAUAAUAGCAUAAAGAGAAGUUUCUUAAUUCAAGCGGAAGAUCCGUUGAAGGAUAAAUCAGGUACUGAGAAUCAUAUCCAAGAAUGUGGCCCAUAUCUACUGGGUAACCUCGAAAUAAGAAUGUCCGAAAUAAAUGGCACGAUUAGCGUUUGGGGUAAAGAAAUCGGUGAAAAAAUUACGAACGACAGCGAAGAUGAUAUGGGAGUGUGUAUGAAAUCGAUUGAAAAUAAAACGUGUUCUUGUUGGCAGAAAACGCCACACAGUAGAUUUAAUGGGAGCCCGCUUGCGUGUUCAACUAGUAGCAAGCAGAUCCCAUUGAAAUUCAAUAGAUCCAACGUUUCUCAAUGUUGUCACUAUUUAACACCAAAUUCAGUAAAAUCAUCUUCCUUAGUAAAUGAUGCAAGUGAUAAAAGACACGCGGGUAAUGCUUUCUCUCUAAGUACGUACAACCCUUCUGGCGAAGAAUGUGAUUCCGCGAAACAUCGCAAGGAAUGGCCGACGUGUAAAAAUAUCUCGAAUUUACAAGACAAAUUACAUUCCUGUAAUAUACAUCCUACAGAACGCGCAGACAAAGAAUGUAGCUGCGGCUCGUAUCAUGAAACACGAACGCAUGACGAUAAUCCCACUCCUAGUAAAGACAAAUAUCACGUUAAAGGAAAUCGAAGGAAUUCGUACAAAAGUAUGCCCUCGCCUGGAUCGAAUGGCCAUUUACACGAAAAUGUUAUGAACACUUCUGCCGAAGUGAGCGAAAUAAUUUGCAAGUACAACAAAACGUAUCGAAAUCCUCAAAACAUGGCGGAUAAUAUACCGCACUCGUCGAAAUGUUGCAGUGUCCAUAAAGACACUUCCUACAUGCAUAAAACCUCUUCGAACAACAUGCAUAAUCAUGAUUGUUCGGAAAGGCAAACAUAUAAUCGUAGUCCUUCCAACGAGGGCGAGGACGACCUUUUAAUUCCCGCCAAACGAUCUAAUGAAACUGCCGAAACGCGGCAACGAAGAUUGAGCGGCAAAAGAGUACGAGGAAUUCUUAUGGAUCUUUUAAGAGGAUGUGGAGAUUGUCGCAGCACAGGUACUAAUGGCGCGAGUAAAAGUAACCUCCAACACAAUGGGCCCUCGUGUGUAACAAACGUUCCUCCCCAAAUUAAAAUCUCUCGGUGCCCUACGCCCGAACCAUCAUGCUCGAAUACAACACAAUGUAACGAAAGAUGCUGUCACGCGUACGCGCGACGAAUCGAGUCUCAACUGGAAGAAUUCCGUAUGGAAAUGGAAAGAGUACGAUCGCGAUCGGAUGCAAUCCUCGAUAUGCUCAAUAUGCUUCACUCUGUCGAUAUGAACUAAUGGAACUAAUACGACUUCUAAAUAAGUGCUUUUUCCUUGUACAGGUCAUUACUUUAAUUUUUUUAAGUCAAGAUGUACGCACUAUCAUGAAUUUCCUUAUUUACCUCUUCUACUUCAUUGCAUAUAAAAAUUACAUGAACAAUUUAUUAAAUAAAGUACAUAU